GCAAUAGCAGCUGCGGCAUGUUCAUAGGUAGAAGCGAGUAUGCACUUAAUGAUCUCACUCUAAAUAAGGCACGCAAACGGAGCACAUCUCCAAGUCGCGCGGCGACCCGCACCGAUCGCACGUAUAGACCAAACAAACCUGAUUUCGCCCCUGAACCGAGGCAGCAGGCAUUGGUCGGCGCAUCCGUCGGCCCGAAACAUGUCCCUGUACUGAGCGGCCCCAAAUCGGAUCACCUUUGACCGCCCGCGCGCCCGCCUGCCCGCUCAGGGUCAGCCCACCUGACCGAUCGCGCACCAGAACACAGCGAUGAACCAGACGUGCAGAGUUUGCGGCGAGGCUGCCGCGGGAUACCAUUUCGGAGCCUUCACCUGUGAAGGAUGCAAGUCAUUCUUCGGGCGGACGUACAACAACCUGUCGAGCAUCUCGGACUGCAAGAACAGCAACCAGUGCGUGAUCAACCGGAAGAACCGGACGUCGUGCAAGGCGUGUCGACUGCGCAAGUGUUUGUUUGUGGGCAUGUCCAAGAGCGGCUCGCGCUACGGCCGCCGCUCCAACUGGUUCAAAAUCCACUGCCUACUGCAGGAGCAGAACGGCAACAACAACAACAACAACAACUCAGCGGCGGCGGCGGCGGCGCUGCAGGCCGGCGUGCUUUACCAAAACGCUAUGCUUCACCACUCGUUCCUGGGGAGCGCAGGCGGCGGCCAGAAGCAACUGAAGCAGGGCUCCGUGGAGGACGUCCGCAGCACGCCGGACUCGAUGCUGGACGACGGCUUUUACUGCAAGUCGGUGUCGCCACCGAACAGCGAAAAGGAGUCGUUGUCGCCGCCGGAGAGCGAGAAGGAGUCGGGGUUGCCGCUGUUCCCCAACAACAUCAUCUUCUCGCCGUUCCUCAAGCCGGCGGUGGUGGCCGAUUUGGGGUUGCUUGGCCGCCUGCCGCUGCUCCCCUCGAUUGCAGCGUCCAGGGAGGCCAGCGCCGAGAACCAGCAGCAGGACGAGCCCAUCGACCUUUCCGUUAAAACGCAGCCCUCCGAACUCAAGCAGGCGCCGCUCGACCUCAGCAAAUAAUCAAACGCGCGUCCGACAAACACUUAUUCGCAUAUGCCAGUGAUAUCGGAAUGGACGGUGCUCUUAAUAAUCUCGAAUUUGUAUCUCGUGCCUUUAAAAAAAAGUUAUGUCGUCAGACACAUUUCAUAUGACUUCAAUUCGGAGUUUUUUUUUUAGCUUUAAACAAAGAUUGCGGCCAGUUAGUUUUUGUCGUGAUCAUGACAUCACGACGGAACAGCUAACAAUUUUUAUUUUUCUUUGCAAUUUUACAACAAUAAAAUUCGUCUUCUGCAAUUUGCAAAAGUUGAGCGAUGACAAAUCGCUUGUGGCAGCGGCGAUUGCCAGUAACUCCCAACAAGGGGUUGAAUUUAAAUGUAGAGCGAUGAUUAAAGUUUCAAGUUAAGUUUUAAGUAUGCCAGAAGUGGUGCCCUUACUUUCACUGUUCUCAUCCCUUGGCAAGUCAUUUUUGGGAUAAUCGAUAAGCGAUGAAUGUAAAUAUAUUUUAAAGUAAGAAAAAACACUAAUUAAAAUUCAAUCCUUUGUCGGAAGUUACUGGCAAUCGCCGCUGCCGCACAAUUAAUGGUCUUAUUAGAUUUAAAAAAAUUGAACGGCUAGACCGUCUCUUCCCAACGGUUUGUGAAUUAUGAGGUAAAUUUCCCUUCUUGCGAAAUUAAUCCUCUUUUGAUUUGAUGACAGGUGCAAAAGUUUGCUCAAAAGCUAAACAAAAUCCGGUGAUCUAAUUCCAGUGGCGCGACUAAUCUGCAUUAUAGCAGCAGUGACGUCAUUACUUUCUUUCUCGCUCGCAUUUUCCGCUCCGUUAACUCCUCAGCUGUUACCUCACCGGACGGACGGACGGACGCAUCACACAGAUAGAGACAGAAGCUGCGGUGCAGCAGAGCGCGUCCGUUGGUCCGAGAGUUACUGUGACGAAAAGUCUUGAUUUUGCAACGUGCGCGCGGCAUUUAUUGUGUUUUGUUUUCUCUGCUCUCUCGCAUUGUACUUCAGCGUUUUAAGACUGUUGAUAGGGAUUAGUAGGCCAGUUUUGGUUGACACGUGCAUCGCCGCACAACAAUCGUACGUGUAUUUUGAGUUUGGUGCGUCAUGCACGAUGAAAAUAUACUAUAAACUUAACUUAUUGACCAAGGUUGUGAAAAUAUCUUCAAUUUUAAUUUUUUUACUGUAUAUGUACUUGAUUGACCAGUGUUCUAUGUAGGCUUAAGGUUUUGUAUGAAAAUAGGCCAGUAUUUGUACAUAUAAUAAAUAUCUCUAUAAUGAA